AUGGCACUCGACAAUAUCAAAAAGACUACUCUCCUGCCUAGGGCUAUGGAAAAUGCCUCCAUGAUCUUGGAUCACGAGUCAUUGUGCGCGAUGGGUACAUGGGACGCAAACGUCGGCGGGAAACUUCACACGGCUCUGCUGGCCAAUAGCGAGACUCGUAUCUCUUUACUUGCCGGGAUUGAGAGUGGUGCCAAAGCUCUGGCUCCUAUGCUUGGCCCCUUUACUCCUGCACGAGGAGACUGUCCGUUCGGCUAUUCCAAAGAUGGUUACGCUGUCCUCGAGACCACACAAUCACCCAGUGAUGGUGCCACCAUUACCGCCCUCCUUGCUCAGUCUAUUUUCGUGGAGACUGCUAAGAAUGUUGCUGCGGGCUGCAACCCCAUGGACCUGUACCUUGGGAUUCAAGCUGCUGUUGAUGCUGUCAUUGAGUUCCUCCAGAAUCAUAAACUGCAAAUCACCUCCAGUGAGCAGAUUGAGAACUUCGCUAUCUUUACUACCGGAGAUGUUUAUAUGGGCAAAUUGAUUGCCAAUGCCAUAGAGAAGGCUGGAAAGGAUGGCCUUGUUACUGUGAAGGAGAGCAAAUCGUCGAAUGAUGAGCUUGAGGUCACAGAAGGCGUGUACAUUGAAUGUGGAUCUUCCUCGCCUUAUUUCUUUACAGAUAUUAAGAUGCAGAAGGUCGAGUUUGAAAAACCUCUAUUUCUUUUCUCUGCAAAGACCAUAUCCCGUGCACAGGAUAUCCUUCCUGCUCUGGAGAUAUCUACUCGCCUUGACCAGCCACUCGUUGUCUUUGCUAAUGUCGCUGAUGAUGCUUUAUCUACCUGCAUUUCAAAUAUCUUGUGUCGGAGUCUCCGAAUGGCUAUCGUGGACAUCACUGGGUUCGGUGACAGCAGCAAGUCUAUCCUUGGUGAUAUCGCUGCUGUUACAAAUGGCACUGUUUUUACCGACGAGAUUAAAGUUGAAGGCGCAACUGCUAGCAGCCUUGGAUCCUCCGGCUCUAUUACCAUUACCAAGAAUUACACUAUGGUUCUGAAUGGUGGUGGCAGUAAAGAGGCUGUUUUUCAAAGGUGUGAAGAGAUUCGCAGUGUUAUAGCCGAUCCUACAACAUCCCAGAAUGAGCAUCAGAAGCUCCAGGGGCGGCUAAAGAACCUCUCCCGUACUGUUUCUAUCAUUCAGGUUGGCGGAAAUUCUGAUCUUGAAGCUGGUGAGAAAAAAGAUCGUUUAGAUCAUUCAUUGAAUGCUGUCCGCGGUGCAGUCGAGGAAGGUAUCUUGCCAGGGGGCGGCACUGCUCUGAUCAAGGCAUGCAGCCAGGCGCUUAGCAGCGUGAAUCUGGCUAAUUUGGACCAGCAGAGCGGCGUCGAAGUUAUUAAGGACGCCAUCACCUGUCCCGCACGGACUAUUUUCGAGAAUGCUGGGCUGGACGGUUCUGCCAUUGUUGCGAAGUUGUUGGAUGAUUUUUACAACAAUUUCAAUAUGGGUUUCGACUGCGUGAGUCGCAAAUAUGUCGAUAUGAUGCUAGUGGGAAUCUGGGACCCUUUUCCCGUUGUCCGGGCUUGUCUUGUCAAUGCCAGCAGUAUUUUGUCAAUGCUAGACACAAGUAAAUCUGGAGGCUCCUAAGAAGAAUGAUCGUAU